UAGACGCACACACGGUGUUUGUAACAAACCGGAUAUCGCCACCGACACUGCAAGCAUGGCCGACAAGACACCCACGGAGAAAUCUGAGGCUGCUUUCGCGAAAAGGAUAGACCCAACGAAAGACGACCUUUCAAAUGAACAAACGUUCUUUAUAAGACAAGUCGAACUUGCACAGUGGAAGAAGAAAACGACACAUCUAAGAGGCCGAAAUGUUGCAACGGGACUUGCUAUUGGAGCUAUAGUGAUGGGCAUAUAUGGCUACACAUUUUACUCGGUGUCACAGGAGAAGAUCAUGGACGAGUUGGACGAAGAAGCCAAAGUUGCGCGACUGAAAAGGCCAAAGACGGGGGCUAACUGAAAUGGACUUAGCUGCUGGAGUGAUGUUCCUCUUAGCCUGACUUGUCACUUGCACUGGAAAGGUACUCUUUCCUGACAAUUAUGGCACUAUCAUAUUCCACAGCUAGCUACUAUUGCUAUAGAUGCACUGUUGGACAGUCUAGAAUUGGUUGUGUUUUGUGUUGCUGACAAAAUUGUCCAUAUUAUGAUUGUCAGUGGAAUGAGUGAUCCAUUGUUGCCCAAAACUGGCAAGUUUCAGUAAGCAUUAUACCAUAAUAUUGCCAUUAAAAAGGCACUGGUUCCAGUGUGUAAAAUAAUUGAACAGUAUCAUGGUAAAUCCAGAAGAUGAAGAGAAGUAAUUCAACUACUUUAUAACUCACUCUUUUUACAGUGGCCUUACUUGGCGUUAUAAAU